AUGAUACAGAAAGUUUACAUCGCAAGGCAUGGAUUCCGCUUGAACUGGGUAGAUAGCAAGUGGAAAAGUGCAACUGGAUUGCCCCGAGACCCACCUCUGGCAGCAUACGGAGAGACUCAGGCCACUGAACUUGCCAACUGGUUCAUGAACCUCCCGGCGCAUGAAAGGCCCACGGCUAUAUUCUCUUCCCCAUAUUAUCGGUGCCUUCAGACCGCCCGACCGACUUCACGAGCACUUCAGGUCCCGAUAUAUGUUGAGCAUGGUAUUUCUGAGUGGUAUUCUCCUGCGGCGCCAGGUACAGGCUUGCAUCCUCGCCCCUUUCCCGCCUCAGAGCUUAAGCAGUAUUUCUCGGAGAUCGAUCCGUCGUGGUCCUCCGUUUGGUACCCCUCUCGAAAAGGCGAGAGUGUAUUCGAAAUUCUCGAUCGGGUCGAGGGUACCUUGAAUAUCCUCGUGCCUGAAAUUGAGCAAAGGUUCGGGGACAAGCAUACCCACAUCCUGAUGGUCGGCCAUGCGGCGACCGUUAUCGCACUUGCUAGAGGCCUAUUGGGAGACAGGUCUUUAUCGCUUAGAGUGGGUUGUUGCUCUCUUACGGAAAUUGUGCGUAAGGCGGACUCCUCCAAUGUAAUUGGCGGUUGGGAGGCCAAAUUACUGGCAUCCGGCCAUCAUCUGGCCCAAGGAGCCUCCCGUGAUUGGGGCUUUGAGGACAUCGAAGUCUCAAAUGGAAAGGUUGUGGAUGAUGUUGGGAUGGCUGGAACAGAAGAUGAAGUUGACGACACAUCGGGUCCACAGACUCAGAAAAGCAGUCUCUAGUACGCUGAGUUAAUGCGCAGUUCUACUUCCGAGAUUUUCGGACAAAUGACAUUGGUCGAAUAAAAUUGUAGUAAAAUAACAAAGCUGUUCACAUCUUACAACGUUACAAAUGCACUUGCAUAACUCACACUCGAGUCUCUAAGCGUAAAGCAUUUGCUGCUUUGCUCAUAACGGACCCACUGCAUCCUAGAGUGCGCGCCAUGAGAUUCUAAGUACGUGAGCGCACCCAGAAGAACUCCAAUGGGAUGACGACCGCAGAUGGUAUUCUUGGUUCGCUUGAGGUAACUGGUGAAUUGUUCGUGGACUUCACUAGCACUGGUGUUCCCAGAAAGAGUUAGAAUUUCCAUGGCUUCAUGGUCGAGUUCAUAAAUAGAUUGGUGGAUCGGUCUAUCAGCUGAUGGGGAU